UUCAUCAAUCUCAAAUACAAAUCCUAAAAUGAAGAGUUUUGGAGUUGUUGUAGUUCUUCUGGUUUUGCUUAACUUGUCAAGCUGCCAUGGCGCUUUGCAAGCAGGAUUUUACAAUGGCAAGUGUGGAACGAAUAAUGUAGAAUCCAUCAUCAGAAAUGUUGUGCGCCAAAGGUUUUCGAGAGACCCUACUAUUGUUGCUGCACUCCUCCGAUUGCAAUUCCAUGAUUGUUUUGUUACGGGAUGUGAUGCGUCCCUGCUCCUGGAUGGCCCUUCAAGUGAAAAAACAUCGCCUCCAAACUUUAGCGUCAGAGGCUAUGACCUUAUCGAUCAAAUUAAGUCUGCACUUGAGAGAGCUUGCCCUAGACUCGUCUCCUGUGCUGAUAUCAUUGCCGUCGCUACUAGAGAUGCCGUCGCUUUGGCUAGAGGGAUGAAUUACAGAGUACAAACAGGAAGGAGAGAUGGUUUUUCUGGCCAAGCUAGAAAUGUCAACCUCCCAGGCCCUUCAAUCUCAGUCCCCUCAUCCAUAGCUUUCUUUGGCAGCAAAGGUUUCACUGUUAGAGAUAUGGUUCUUCUUAUAGGUGGAGGUCAUACCGUAGGGAUAACACAUUGUUCAUUUAUCCAAGAUAGACUCUUCAAUCACAGAAACACUGGUAGACCCGAUCCAUCCAUGAAUCCCACUCUACGUAAUCAACUGAGAGGAAGGUGUCCCCAAGGAUCACCGAUCGACAACUUGAUCAAUCUAGACCAAACACCUGGUAGUUCUUUAGUCGUUGAUAAUGGUUCUUACAGACAGGCAAGAGCAGGGAGAGCAAUUUUUGAAAUCGAUCAAUCCAUGGCAUCCCACCGUUCGACUAGUGGAAUCGUUUUUUCCUUGGCAAACAAUGGAGCAAGUUUCCAAACUCAAUUUGGUGCAGCCAUGAUCAAAAUGGGAGCUCUUCAAGUUCUCACAGGCAGGAGCGGAGAAAUUCGAAGAACUUGCCGUCGCCGGAAUUAGUGAUCAUCAUAAUUUGAUUGAAACCCAAUCACGAGUGAUUUGGUUAACACAUGCGCGAGGAUUUAUUGUUUUAUGUAUUUGGUUUGUGUGUUUGAAUGUUUUGACCUCUUCUCCAGUUGAUUCUGUAUUGGAGGUUUUAUUUCAAAGUCUUGAUAUGAAUAAAUUGUAAUUUUGUGCUCAUAUUUCUAAUCUUUUGUUGUAAAUCUAUUCUGUCAUGUUAUCUUUUUA